CUACCAAUCCACUACAGUAACAAAUCGAAGCUAAGGAGCUCGGUGUCUGCCAAUGCACAGGUCAAAGUGUCGCAGGCUUGGGACUGGCUAGUGUAACAUGGGGAACAUGGCUUGAUCAUGAUUCAGAAGUUCGCGCCUUUUGUGGAAAUGAGUGUUUAGCUAGCGACCAAUGUUGGUCCUGUUUCUGUAGUCUUCCUCAAGCCUUCCCUCUGAUACCUCCACUGCGCUGCCCUCGUCUUGUCAACUCUUCCAUGCCCCUUUCUUCAAAUAGUCAGGUCUUCCAUGACCCACUCAGUCGCAUUUCAAGAGAAUUGGCGACCUGCCAAGCCGAUUCCUCGUUUACUUGCUAUCUUCUUGACAACCAUUCCUCUCACAAGCUUUCGGACGAAGAAAUCACCUAUCUCGCUGGAUCGCUCUUUGGCGCCGGCUCAGACACGAAUGCUGUGGUGAUCAUGUAUGUCGUCAUGGUUUCUGCAUGUCAUCCCAAGGUGCAGGAGACAUUGCAAGAGCAGCUGGAUAUCGGCGUUGGUCUUGACAGAGCUCCCACGUUUGACUACAAUUCCCUUCCUCAUAUCGAAGCGUUCAUUUUGGAGCUGGAGGCCUGUAACAACCGUUGGACUUGCUCACUAUGCUUCGGCCGAGAUCGUUUAUGUACUGUUUACCCCAACCCCGACAAAUUCGAUCCUGACAAAUGGCUCAACAGUAAAAGCAAAGUUCGGAACGACAUCAAGUUCCCUUCAUAUGGCUUUGGACGCAGGUACAGCCUUGCCUAAUAUUGGACCGAGGAAAACGCUGCUGAAGAACUAACUGCAGAAUCUGGCCCGGGCGGCACAUAGCGUUCAGUCUUCAUCAAUAUCGCGCUCUUCCUGUAGUCGUUCAAGAUCACUCAGCACCCGGAAAACGGGAUUGAUGACAUGGGCUUCGUGGAUGCUGUGAUUUUGCACCCCCGCUCACUGCGUGCUUUCAGCCCCGGUUUGAGGAUGAGGCAUUAUUGAGGGAGGUGAUGGUUCAGUGCAUGAAGGAGUCGUAUGGUCUUGAGCAUGAAGUAGUGACUUAU